CCGCCCCCCCCGGCGCGGUCCCCUCACGGCGGCGGCUCCAUUUUCUCGCGCUCCCGCGGCCCCCGCGCAGCGCCCGCUCCGCCUCAGCCCCCGGCCCGGAGACACCCGCCGCGACACCGCCGCGCCGCCAUGAAUGAGGAGUACGACGUGAUCGUGCUGGGCACCGGCCUCACGGAAUGCAUCCUCUCCGGGAUCAUGUCCGUGAACGGGAAGAAGGUCCUUCACAUGGAUCGUAACUCCUACUAUGGAGGGGAAAGUGCAUCCAUUACACCCCUGGAAGAUCUCUACAAAAGGUUUAAUCUCCCGGGGGCUCCACCAGAAUCCAUGGGGCGGGGAAGAGACUGGAACGUGGACCUCAUUCCAAAAUUCCUGAUGGCUAACGGUCAGUUGGUGAAGAUGCUGCUCUACACAGAAGUGACUCGUUACUUGGACUUCAAGGUGAUCGAGGGCAGCUUCGUCUACAAGGGGGGGAAGAUCUACAAAGUCCCCUCCACCGAGGCAGAAGCUCUGGCAUCCAGCUUAAUGGGGCUGUUUGAGAAGCGCCGGUUCCGGAAGUUCCUGGUGUACGUGGCCAACUUCGACGAGAACGACCCCAAGACCUUCGAGGGCGUCGACCCCAAGAAAACCACCAUGAGGGACGUGUACAAGAAGUUCGACCUGGGCCAGGACGUCAUCGACUUCACCGGCCACGCCCUCGCGCUCUACAGGACUGACGACUACUUGGACCAGCCCUGCCAGGAGACCAUCAACAGGAUCAAGCUGUACAGCGAGUCCCUGGCCCGGUACGGGAAGAGCCCCUACCUGUACCCCCUGUACGGGCUCGGAGAGCUGCCCCAGGGAUUCGCCAGGCUCAGCGCUAUCUAUGGAGGCACCUACAUGCUCAACAAGCCCAUCGAGGAGAUCGUGAUCGAGAACGGCAAAGUGGUCGGGGUGAAGUCUGAAGGGGAGGUGGCUCGCUGCAAACAGCUCAUCUGCGACCCCAGCUACGUGUCGGACCGCGUGACCAAGGUGGGCCAGGUGAUCCGGGUCAUCUGCAUCCUGAGCCACCCCAUCAAGAACACCAACGACGCCAACUCCUGCCAGAUCAUCAUUCCACAGAACCAGGUCAACCGGAAAUCAGACAUCUACGUGUGCAUGAUCUCCUCUGCCCACAACGUGGCGGCGCAGGGCAAGUACAUCGCCAUCGCCAGCACCACCGUGGAGACCCCCGAGCCCGAGAAGGAGAUCAAGCCAGCCCUGGACCUGCUGGAGCCCAUCGAGCAGAAGUUCGUCAGCAUCAGCGACCUGUUCGCGCCCACCGACCUGGGCACCGAGAGCCAGAUCUUCAUCUCCCGCACCUACGACGCCACCACCCACUUCGAGACGACGUGUGACGACAUCAAGGACAUCUACAAGAGGAUGAUGGGCUCAGAGUUCGACUUCGAGGAGAUGAAGCGCAAGAAGAACGACAUCUACGGGGAGGAGGAGCAGCAGUAAUGAGAGAGCCUCUAAUUAGGAGAAAUUAAAUGGGCUAAUAUGAAUAUAUAAGGAACUUAAUGAACACUGUACGAAAUUCAAUAUUGUAAGGCCUGCUUUUGUAAUCCCAUCUCUGAGAGAUUGAAGAGUUACUGCACUGGUAAUGUUCCCUUUUUUGGAUAUCAUGUGUUAAUUAUUCCAUUCUAGUAGGGCUGCUGUCCAGAAUCUGGCAACCCCCCGACCCCCCCUGACUAACCCCCUAAAGAGAAAGGCAGAAGUGAACUUAGGAUGAUGAUGAUGAUGAUGACGAUGAUGAUUAUUAUUAUUAUUUUUGCAGAGUUAGACGUUGGUGCAGAUUUGAGAAAUAACAACUCAUUGACAGCUGUGUCUUACCUUGUCUUUUUAAUCAUUUGUAAAAACAUCCUCCACCCACCCACUCUCCCUCUCCCCACCCCGUGCUUCUGGUGAGCUCGUAGAUGUGACUGUGAACGUCACUCAGACCCGGUGUCCAGGAACGUAGAACCCAAGCACUCCCUCAUUGUGGACAGCAUCCCUAAAAAGUCCCUCCCAUCGACCUUAACUCUCGUGGCAAAGUUGUUAUCAUGGACAAAGCCCACAUCUAUUGUAGCAGCAAACUGUUGGCUUCGUUCUGGGCACAGAACUUUAACCUCCACUUCAGCUUCUAAACCUGUUACAGGGGUUGGACACAGCUGUGCCUGAGGCUCCUUUUGUGUUUUAAUCUUAAUAAAAUUGAGAGAACAAAAAUUGCAGAGCAGGCAAAGAUGUUGGGAGUAUUUUGUGUCCCUGGGGGCUCCUCGGAUGGACCAAAACGGCGCCGCGGUACCGGCAAGGACGGAGCCGGUGCUUCCCGGGGCUCCUCCAGGCUCCAAAUGAUUUCUGUACUGCGAAGUAAAGCCAAAUUCUGGAAACCA